AUGCGUACUGGUCGUGCAGCUUGGAUUGGGUUAAAUACAGCAUCAUAUAUUUGUGAGUUGGUAUUUUUGGGUUUGGCCAUUACAGUACAAAUAUCACCUGAUUGGGCUGUUUACGAUGUUACGUACAUUGGCCUUAUUGAUAAUUAUAAUCAAUUAAGUCGCACUCGUGGAUUAUGGAAGCAAUGUGUUACUAAUCAAAUAGUAAGUUCAUCAUACAAUGGUCAAUGUUAUGCUCUGGAAUCUAGUACAGAAUCUGGCAGCUACAAUGGUAAUGUUCAACCAUUAUUAUUUAUGAGGACAAUUAUAAAUUCAUUACAAAUCACUGCAAUCAUAUUGGUUUUCAUUAUCAUUGUUAUAACAUGUGCCUUACUUCUCACGGCAUGUAUGAGACCACAAAAAAUCAGAUUUCGAACAGCUCAAUAUACUGCUUUGGGUGGAGGUGCCGCAUUAUGGCUUACAGGUUUAAUUUAUUUCAUCAGUCUUCUGAUAUAUUACGAAGAUAUGUCACAAGAAAAUUAUCGACUAGAUACUAAGCUAACAUCAGCCAGAUCUGCAUGGACAACGACUGUUCGUGAUAAUACGGUAUAUUCACAUGGUGGUAUGAUACCUAUGGCUUGGUCAGCUUGUUUGCUUAUUUAUGCUGGUAGCUUUUUUCAAUUGAUGGCAAGUGUUUUUGAACAACCAUUAAAAGAAGAAGAUAUAGAAUAUGUAGAAACAGACGAAUAGAAAGAGUCCAACUUUGAAGUCAAUGACACUGCUUCAUAAUGCAAUAUAUUUUUGUAUAUUUCAAUUAGUUUCUUAACACUAUUGGAUAUUAUUUCCACAUGUGCACAUGUGUAAAUAAUUUUGCUUUAUAUCGCUGAUUUCAAUUGUUU